UUUCAAGACCACCAAAUUGCCCAGUAAAUAGUGUUCCUGAAGACACCCAGGAAAUCAUGCCGUCGCGCGAGAAAGUGCGUGUAAGUUUUACGAGACCGCCAGAUCCGUGACAGAUAACGGCCAGAAUUUUCUAAUGCCCAUUUCUGAUAUACUAAGAGAACAUAUCUUCAGGAGACGAAAAUGCCAAUUGCCUUAUCAACUUUGGCUGGAACUGCAUCGGUCUUGGGAUGGAGUUUAAUUCCACUUUUUGCUAUUGGUUUCACUGCCUUCCGAUAUCAAAAUGCUGAUCCAGAAACUCAUCCACCAAAUGCCCAAGAGCUUUUACGAAUGUAUGAUUUCAUAGUCGUGGGAGGUGGAAGUGCCGGAGCAGUGGUGGCUUCGCGAUUAUCAGAAGUUGCAAAUUGGACUGUUUUACUUCUCGAAGCUGGAAGUGAUGAAAAUGAAAUCUCAGAUGUGCCAGCACUGGCAGGUUACACGCAAUUAUCAGAAUUUGAUUGGAAAUAUAAAACAUCGCCACCAACAACGUCAGCUUAUUGCCUUGCCAUGGUUGGGGACAGGUGCAAUUGGCCACGUGGAAAAGUUUUGGGUGGAAGCAGCGUUUUAAAUGCUAUGAUCUAUGUCCGAGGGAAUAGACUAGACUAUGACAAUUGGGCAAGUCUGGGGAACACUGGCUGGAGUUACAAGGAGGUGCUACCAUACUUCAUUAAAUCGGAAGACAAUAGAAACCCCUACCUCGCAAAAACUCCGUAUCACGGCACCGGCGGUUACUUAACAGUCCAGGAAGCGCCGUGGAGAACACCUCUCUCCAUAGCAUUUGUUCAAGCUGGAACCGAACUGGGUUACGAGAACCGAGACAUCAACGGUGCAAAUCAAACAGGAUUCAUGUUGGCUCAAGCAACAAUAAGGCGCGGCAGUAGAUGCUCCACAGCGAAGGCCUUUUUACGUCCCGUGCGAAACAGAAAAAAUUUGCACAUAGCAAUGAAUGCUCAAGCCUUGAAAGUGACAUUCAACUCGGACAAGAGAGCGACCGGAGUCGAGUUCCUUCGUUAUGGAAUACGGCAAACAAUCAAAGUCCGAAGAGAAGUCAUCCUCUCAUCAGGGGCCAUAAAUUCCCCCCAAUUGCUCAUGCUCUCCGGGAUAGGACCAAAAGAGCACCUCUCCCAAUUCGGAAUACCAGUCCUAUCAGACCGCAGAGUUGGUGACAACCUCCAGGAUCACGUUGGACUCGGUGGACUCACAUUUCUCGUGAAUGAUCCCAUAACCUUCACGAAAACUCGCUUCCAAAGUUUUCCAGUAAUGAUGGACUAUAUCGUGAACGAAAGGGGUCCAAUGACAACCCCAGGAGUUGAAGGCCUGGCCUUUGUCAAUUCGCGGUACGCUGAUAAAUCCAACAACUAUCCGGAUAUCCAAUUCCACUUUGCCCCAAGUUCGAUCAAUUCUGAUGGUGGGGAUCAAAUCCGUAAGAUUUUGGCAUUGAGAGACAGUGUCUACAAUACUAUGUACAAACCCCUCGUUAAUGCGGAAACCUGGACAAUCCUACCGUUACUUCUAAGACCAAAGAGUUCGGGCUGGGUUCGACUUAGAAGUAAAAAUCCAAUGGUGUACCCUGACAUCAAUCCUAAUUAUUUCACACAUAAGGAGGACAUGAAUGUUCUUGUCGAAGGGAUUCGAAUAGCGAUGGCAGUUUCGAACACCUCAGCUUUUCAAAGAUUCGGUUCCAGGCCUCUGAAGACGAAAAUGCCUGGUUGCCAAGCUUACACCUUUAAUACUUAUGAAUAUUGGGAAUGCGCCAUUAGACACUUUACUUUUACGAUUUAUCACCCCACGGGUACUUGUAAGAUGGGACCAAGGAGCGAUCCUAUGGCAGUUGUUGAUCCUAGACUAAGAGUUUAUGGGGUCAAAGGACUUCGAGUCGUAGAUGCAUCCAUUAUGCCAGUGAUAGUCAGCGGAAAUCCUAACGCGCCUGUUAUCAUGAUAGGAGAGAAAGCUAGCGAUAUGAUCAAAGAGGACUGGCAAAUUAAGAACGUGCAUGUUGGAAGAUAACAAUGGAAAUGCUUUGGUGGAGUUCUCUUUAAAUGACAUGAAACUGGAGGAAAGUCGUCUUCCAUUAAUUUUAUGUAUAAUUAGAAGGAAGUACGUGAACAGGUUAUAAUAAGCAAUAGAAUAAGGGAAACUUUUUUUGCUCAGUCUGAAACGUGCCUUCGAAUCCUAGUCUAGAAAUUUUUUAGUUAAGAGAUUAUUGUUUUAUAUACUUUUAGGCAAUCAGGCUGUCGUAUGUGUCGAGAAUAAAAUACCAAAGACAUAGCUUAUCCUAAUCACGAUAUCGCUCAUCAAUUUCUUUGCCAAUUUUUAAUCUACAUUGUACUCCUACGAUUUUGUAAUUCCCAUAAUUGUUAUGCAUAUUACUUCACCAAUGUGAUAAAGAACGAAAAUUAGAUUAACAGAAAUUUUCUACUUUACUUUAAUUAAAUAAAAACUAACUUUAGAUAAAAUCUUAAAUAAUAAAUAACCCUAAAUCAUUAAAUUUACAGUAGGGUAGCACAAAAUACACAAGUACAGAUCAGCCACAUUUAAUAAGUGGGGGUACAAUAAUCCAGUCAAUCAUGCCAGCACUUAAGCUGUUAUUACUCAAGUACGUGCUUGUGAUGUGCAUAAAAUCUGAAAUGACCUUGGAGAAAAAUGCUUUCAAUUCUUCAAUGCCAAAUGAAUUUAUCAUCUCUAAAUUGAUUAAAGUGAAUUCUCUACUCAAUCGACAGAUCAUAGAUGAGUUAACGGAGAUAAAUUAAUCAUUACUCAAGGUCAUUUCUAAUUCGAAAAAGUUUACACGUUUGACCUAGAUCGUGAUUUUAAACAUUUCCCGCAUUUCCCUUUCUGCAAAUUAUACUGAAAAACAUGAACUGAAAAAGGUAAUUAUGUAAUUAGAUACAAUUAAAUAUUUUUAGCUUUUUAAAUUAUACGCGUGCUUUGGACGCACGUGUUUCGAUUAUUAUUGUACGUGUUAAAUCAAAAGUAAAGAAUCUAGAAAGAAUGUUAUUAUAAACAUGCAAUUUGGAACAAUUUCUCUUUACGAAUCUCUUAAUUGAAAUUGUUGAAAAUUAGAUUAAUGGAGUGCGUCUGUUACUUAGUGUAGAUAUUAUUUGUAAUAUUAUUGAUAAUUAAACAAAGAUCAAUUUUAGUUAUAAUAAAGUAGACAGUAUUAUGUGCGGAUAUACUUAUUUCUCAUGGAGAACUGAGAAAUACAAUUAGCUCAAACUGAGUUAUUAUAAUUUUAAAAUUAUAUCCUAUUAUUUGAAUGAUCUAAAAUGGAAAUAUAACUGCUUUUAAAUUUCUAAACGAUACUGUAAAUUAAAAUUUUUUAUCAAUGCUAUUAAUCGUAAUUG